AUGUUAUUAGUCGCAGCAUUUCUUGUUGUUUUUAUUACCAGUACCUAUGGACAACAUCAAUUGACAAUUCGUGACAAUGGAAAAUUGUGUUCUUCAUGGAUACCAGUAACUGGUGGACAAAUGUCAUUCUCAUACACACCUAACCAAGAAUGUGCCGGACAAGUUGGCAUUGAGCAGAGCAACAAUCAGGCUCGUCUCUGUUGUCAAGCAAUGGCUACAACUACAUCAUCGUCCAUCUUUCCAAAGGAAUGUGGUAAACAAAAAUUUCAACCAUCAAAACAACGUAUAGUCGGAGGAGUACAUGCAG